CUAGAUUUGGGGGCAGGAUGAUCCGACAUGGAGUUCUUUUUCAGAGGUUUUACUAAGGGCUCCCUGAGCAAGUAACUGAACCCUUGAGCCUCAGUUUCCACAUCUGUGAGAUUAGGCUGUUGGAUUCCAUUUCUUGACAGCUCCCUUGAUGAGAUCUGCUUGUUAUCUUCUAAAAAGUUAUUUUUUUAGACUGAAAAUUUGAAAGUCUCCUCCAGGAGCCAGAAGGGUUGAGCUUAUCCCCUCUGAACUCUUUAGUAUCCAGAAACAUGUAUGAGGGCUUGCUCUGUGCCGGGUCCUGGGUUUAGUUAUGGGGCACAUAAAGUGCUGCAGUGGACAUCCCCUGCGCUCCAGAAACUCACCUUCUGUUAGAGUAGAUAGCAAAAUGCUGAAAGUUCUAUAGAAACCCUCUAUAUCCCAGCUCCAAUGAAGCUAAUCCUGAGGGAGAAGUCUCUGCAGUGAAGGAACACUGGAGAGGUCUAAUGGGGGAGGUGUCCUGGGGCUUCAGGAGAUCCAGACUGUGGAUUCUGGGGGAAAAUAUAGUAGAGAAAAUAAUGGAGAAUCACCAGGAUUGCACUGCAAAUGGGUAUGUUUAGUAUUUUAGCCAUGAACCUGAGAACAUAUGUUGGACAGUAUCUCGUGGGGAGAAAGACAACAAGUGAGAGUGUUGGAUCAUUGGGGAGAAAUGGUUUAUUGUUUCCCAGCAGAAGAGAGUCCUUAUUUCCUUAGUGUAUGAAAGGCUGAAGCUAAAAGCACAAUGGGAGUUUGUUCUGAAGGUAAGAAUGGAUGCACUUAGAUGAGGGAUGGGAUGGGCUUCAUUACUAUGGAAAGAGAUUUUCUUUAGCUUGGAGAAGAAUAACCUUUUCCUCUCACCCUGAGGCCAGAGAGGAAAAAGAGGCAACCGAGCUGGGUGAAAAGUGGAGGAUAAGAGAGAGCUCUGUGGAGAGGUACAACUUUUGUUCAGUGGAAUAUGAGGCCAAGUUCUCAACAUCAGUCCAAGCCUUUUCCUAGUCUCUCAGUUCCAGUCUUUGUCCUAUUCUUGGACAAUUAGGUGACCACAGCACCUCACUUUUGGGAGAUGAGAGCCUUGAGAGAAGCCUCUGACAUCUCCAGGACUGGGUCUACUCCAGUUCCAACAGAGUUACUUUUGACUGCUGAAAAAUAUAAGGAAGAGAAGGACAGAAACACAGCUGAGGCCAGAGGAUGUAUUUGCCUUCCAGGAGAGUCCUGACAAGGAUCCUUGUAGAGUUUGGGCCUGACAUAAUCCCAGGGCCCAGUCAGUAAACAUGUAUUAAAAUAAGAAAUGUUCUAGGAACCUAGGUAAACUCUGCAGAUACAAACAAAGGGAAACACCAGCCUGGGCUGUCCUGGAGCUCACAAUCUAGAAUCCAGAUUUGAAGAUAGUUUAGAAAGAAGUAACAGAUCUUUAAUCUCACUCUGAGAUGGUCCAGGGAGAAAGGUGUGUUGGGGAAUGGAAAUGCAUUUUAUUCAACAGGGAAAUCAGGAACUAGCAGAGUGAAAGGAAUGACAAUUUAAGGAGAAAAACAGUCAAAGGAUGAAAUAAUCCCAAUUCUAAUGAUAAAAUAAAUUCCAUUUGCAUAUGGCCCCUAGUAUGUGUGAUAUACUUUAAAAAUUUCAUCUCUUUUUAUCCUUAUAGGAACCCUGGCAUUAACUUCAUAUUAUUAUGUCCAUGUUAUAGUUGAAGAGCCUGAGACCAACAGAAUUUCUGUGACUUACCCAUGGUUAAGAAUCCUAGCCAGUUUCUCAGGUCCAAUGAGAGUGCACCAUCACCUAUAUUGGAAUUUUUAAAAAGAUUCAUGAAAAUGGUUUUGCCUAUAUGAGAAGGAGAGUUUAGACCUGAAAUGAAGGCAAAUCCAACAGAGGUGAGAUAUCCUGUGGAAGAAAUGGACUUACAAAGAUUCAUGCAUAGGGGUCCUAAUAACUUUGCUUCUAGGGAAUUCUGUGUUGCCCAUAAAAAUUCAUCUUCUAUUGAACAUCAAGGAAUGCAACCUGAAGAAAAAUCUAGUGAAAAUAAUCAGUAUAGAAACACUUUAAUGCACAGAUCCAGUCUUGUUGGACAUGAAAAAAUCUACAUUAGCAAGGAAUGUUAUGAAUACAAGCCAUAUGGAAAUACAUUCAAUGAGAUCUCCAAUUUUACUGGACGACAGAGAAUCCACAGUGGUGAGAAACCUUAUGAAUGUAAUCGAUGUGUAAAGGCGUUCAGUAUGAGUUCCCAUCUUGCUAUACAUCAGAGAAUCCAUACAGGGGAGACAGCUUAUGAAUGUAAGCAAUGGAGAAAGGCAUUCAGUCAGAAGUCCAGUUUUCCUGUACAUCAGAGAAUGAUCACUGGGGAGAAACCUUAUAAAUGCAAUCAAUGUGGAAAGACAUUCACUCGCACCUCCAGUCUUGCUAUACAUCAGAGGAUCCACACUGGGGAGAAACCUUACGAAUGCAAGCAAUGUGGAAAGACAUUCAAUAGGAGCAGCCAUCUUGCUGUACAUCAGAGAACUCAUACUGGAGAGAAACCUUAUGAAUGCAAGCAAUGUGGAAAGACAUUCAGUCAGAGGUCCUGUCUUGUUAUACAUCAGAGAAUGUACACUGGAGAGAAACCUUAUGAAUGCAAGCAGUGUGGAAAGACAUUCACUCGCACCUCCAGUCUUGCUGUACAUCAGAGAAUACACACUGGGGAGAAACCUUAUGAAUGCAAGCAAUGUGGAAAGACAUUCAAUCAGAAGUUUCAUCUUGCUCUGCAUCAGAGAUUGCACACUGGGGAGAAACCUUAUGAAUGCAAGCAGUGUGGAAAGACAUUCAACCAGAGGUCCCAUCUUGCUGUACAUCAGAGAAUGCACACAGGGGAGAAACCUUACGAAUGCAAGCAAUGUGGAAAGACAUUCACUCAGAGAUCCAGUCUUGCUGUACAUCACAGAAUGCACACCGGUGAGAAACCUUAUGAAUGCAAACAAUGUGGGAAAAGAUUCAGGCAGAAGUCCAGUCUUGCUGUACAUCAGAGAAUGCACACUGGGGAGAAAUUUUAUGAGUGCAAGCAAUGUGGAAAGACAUUCAGUCAGAGGUCCAGACUUACUGUACAUCAGAGAAUGCACACUGGGGAAAAACCUUACGAAUGCAAGCAAUGUGGAAAGACAUUCAACCAGAGGUCCCAUCUUGCUGUACACCAGAGAAUGCACACUGGGGAGCAACCUUAUGAAUGCAAGCAGUGUGGAAAGAGAUUCAAGAGGAGGUCCCAUCUUGCUGUACAUCAGAGAAUGCACACUGGUGAGAAACCUUACGAAUGCAAGCAAUGUGGAAAGGCAUUUGCUUGUGCCUCCAGUCUUGCUGUACACCUGAGAAUCCACACUGGGGAGAAACCUUAUGGAUGCAAGAAAUGUGAAAGGACUUUCACAUGUACCUCCAGCCUUGCUAAACAUCAGAGAAUGCACAGUGGAGAGAAACCUUAUGAAUGUAAGCAGUGUGGAAAUACAUUCACUUGCAAAUCCAGUCUUGUUGUCCAUCAGAGAAUGCAUACUGGGGAGAAACCUUAUGAAUGUAAGCAAUGUGGGAAGACAUUUACUCGCACCUCCAGUCUUGCAGUACAUCAGAGAAUGCACACUGGGGAGAAACCUUAUGAAUGCAACCAAUGUGGAAAGACAUUCAAUCAGAGGAGUCAUCUUGCUGUACAUCAGAGAAUACACACUGGUGAGAAACCUUAUAAAUGUAAUCAGUGUGGAAAGACUUUCACGUGCAAUUCCAGUCUUGCUGUCCAUCAGAGAAUGCAUACUGGGGAGAAACCUUAUGAAUGCAAGCAGUGUGGAAAGACAUUUACUUGCACCUCCAGUCUUGGUAAACAUCAGAGAACACACACAGGGGAGAAACCUUAUGAAUGCAAACAAUGUGGAAAGACAUUCAAUCAGAGGUACCAGCUUUCUAAACAUCUGAGAAUCCACACUGGUGAGAAACCUUAUGAAUGCAAGCAGUGUAGAAAGACAUUCAAUCAGAGGUCCAAUCUUGCUUCACAUCAAAGAACCCACCUGAGAGAAGUCUUGUGAGUGUCAGUAAUGUGGAAAGACAUUUAAUUGUGGCUUCAAUUAUGAUAUAUGUGAAAGUCACACUAGGGAGAAGCCUCAAGAAUGAAAACUAUGGAAAGGUGUUCAUAUUCAGCUCUAGUCUUAUGUUGUGGAGGAAAUUUUCAUCCUUUUUGGGGCAGCAUUGUGGAGUUAGAAAUUUGUUACCCUAAAAACUGAUUCUUAAAAUCCAAUUUAUCCUCUUCUUACAUGCUGGCACAGACAGGAUAUAAAUUUGUUGGACCCCUGCUUCUCACACUUCUCUAUCUGUCAGGGUAGCUGAGAACAUGGGGCUUUUUGAGCAACUAUAAAAAUUUAGUCAUAUGAUUCUGUUUUAAAACUAAUUUAAUUUUGUGUGUUGAUCCAAAUCUUAUGUAUUUUAAAAUAAUCAACAAAUAACAUAUGUAUCAGCAUUCAGGCAAUGAGUUUAAGAGUACUUUUCUUUAAUUCCAAUAUUUUUUUGUUAUAGAGCCUUAUUUACUAUUCAGAAAGGAAUGAAUUCACACAGCAAUGGAGUCUGGAGAACUAAAAUUUCAACUCCAGGCUCCAGCUUCCUUCCCCUCCCUAGUGUCACCAUCCACCUUUAUGCCAAAGGUCACAUCUCUGCGAUCUCAUGUUGAGGUAGAGUUCUGUACUGAGCAUAGUGUGGAGGAAUCUAAUUUUGGUUUUGUUGUAGAGACUGGACCAGCCAAAAUGGCAAGGGAGUCUAGGGAGAUUAAUUUCUCCCCUGAAUUUCAGGAUACUCUAGGUAAUUGAAGGGACUAGUGCUGCCAGGAACAGUAGUUAUUUUAGGUCAGUAAUUCGUUGCCCUUCCAUAGAUUGGGCCAUCCUUUGAAUUCUACUUCCUGUCUGUACUUAGGAGGAAUAACCUUCCUUACCCUCCCCCCUAGGGGUAAAAUGCCAGAGGCCAAGUGUUUCCAGGGAGCUGCUUUCAGGCCACGUAGCUGGGGACAAAAAAAAAAAGUUUAAGUGGAACCACAUGUGGGUUGGAUAAAGGAAAGUAGACUACAGAGCAAAAUAGGGCUAAAAUUUGUUACUUUUACCUUAGUAAUCAACACCCUAUAAUACCAAAAGAUUAAGAUUAACUCUUCAUCCAGUUUUCUGCAAUUUUAAUCUGGAGAUAGAAUCUUGUUAGACUAUAUUGCUUUCCCCCAGGUGAAAGAAGCCAGGAGAGUUAGAGUCUAAUUGUUGCUAAAAGACACAUACACACCUGGCUUAAUGGGUCUCAGUGAACAAUGGGUAUCCAGCUUGUGACAAUGUAAAGGAAAUGGAUUUGUAUAUUCCCAGCCUCAAGAGUCCAGCUCCAAGGACUCCUAGCUUACAGAAGCAGGAAGAGCAGCAGCAGGAAGGCCCAAACAGUGAGGGAGGGAGGUAGUCGAAGGCAGUAGCAGCAAAGCCCAGAAGACUGGAACAGGACCAAACAUGCUUUCUUUUUAAACUAAUCUACUCAAUAUUAAGAAUUCUGAACCCCACUUCUGUGUAAAGAGUAAAAAUAUAUUUUACAGGAUUUAAUAGUGACUAUUAGAAAUCAAGGAAUAAAGAGGAUACACAAUAAAGACCACGUGCCUAUGGCUAAUCAGCCAUUUCAAAAUCCUUGCCUUACCACUGCGACCAUGUUCACUCCUUCAUCUGUUUAUAGGAAGUAUGUAAUGAGUUAUGUUAGCCAAUCUAGGUAUGAGGUGGUACCUCAGAGUUGUUUUGAUUUGCAUUUGUCUGAUUAUAAGAGAUUUAGAACACUUCUUCAUGUGCUUAUUAAUAAUUUUGUUUUCUUUAACUGAAAAUUGCCUAUUCCUGUCCCUUGCCCAUUCAUCAUUUGAAGAAUGGCUUGAUUUUUUGUACAAUUGGUUUAGUUCUUUAAAAAUUUGAGUAAUUAAACCUUUGUCAGAGGUUUUUGUUAUGAAAAUUAUUUCCUAAUUUGUUGGUUCCCUUCUAAUAUUGUAUGCAUUACUUUGUACAAAAACUUUUAAUUUGAUGUAAUAAAAAUUAUUGAUUUUA